GGCCGUUCCGGGUCGGGACGGAACCGAGUUCGCCGCAGGACACAGCGGCAGCCUGGGACCAACGCCCCUUUCCUGAGACACACCCCGAACACCCCCCCAGACUUCGGCUUCUCCUCAGACGCUCCUCUCACGCUCCCCAGAAAGAAAAUCCGAGAAAGCAGAGUUUGUGACAGGAGCAGCAGAGAUGUCCCCUGACUGAGCAUCCUCAGUGAUGUUGUGUCCCUUCUAGAUGUCAAAACGCUCAGCUCACAAGAGUUCAGCUGAAGCCUUGGCACCAGGGGAUCCACCAAAUAUCAUCCCAGGAAGUGAAGCAAAGAAAACCCCCUGGGGAAGGGUAUGGCAACUCCAGACAUGGCAACAAUCACCCCAAAACUCAUGAGGGGGUUAGAUCCAGGUUCUUUAAUACCUGACAACUUGGAGACCAAAAGAAUCCUCACUGUCUUGGAUAAAAUGAUUGACAAGCUGGAGCUGAGCAGCAUGAUCCCAUGUGUGAUUGAAUCUCUGGAUAACUUUGCUGAUAUCCUGGGACCUGAGGGCACAACCAGCCUGGUGGAGCACCAGAAGCUUUCAAAGGAAAUGGAGUACCUGAGAGCCGAGGAUCCAUGGAGCAGCCUCUGCUUGCUGGAACAGCUGAAAGGUUCUACUAGAAAUGUCCUGAGGCUCUUGCUGCCCAACCCUGUAGUUUGCCAGGUUCUGAAACGACAAGCUUUGGUGAGAGAGUCACCAGCUAAAGUAUUUAUCAAAGCCUUGAAGGAGUUCAGGAAUUUGGUGCUUGAGAGACUCCUGACCAGUCCUGAGGAAGAGGAAGAAAAACUUCGGUUCAUGAAAGCUGUCUCCCUCCAGAUUAAGGAAAACACUGAAACCAUCACAGCUUUGGAGGCUGAGCUGGCAGCAACAGCACAGACUCAAGAGGAGGAGGCUGACUGGAAGGAUAAUGUCAUCAAAGACCUCCAAACCAGCAUGCAAGAUCUGCCCCAAGACUCCAAGACCAUCAUCCAGCAGAUGAAGGAAGAGGGAGAAAAACAGCAAAAAGAAGAGCUGCAAGCCUCCCAGGCCAGGUGUGCUGGACUGCAGCAGGACAUUCAGGAGUUAGGAGCACAACUAAAUGCACUUGUGCUGGAGCAUCGAGCCUCAGAGAUGGCUCUCAGGAAGAGAAAGUGCAGAAUGGAGGCAGAAAUCGUGAACUGGAUCCAGAAAUAUGAUACGGACAUGGGAGAAAAAGAGGCUGAGUAUGAGGAGAUUCAAGCUGCCUAUGAGGAGGAGAAGGCCCAGCUGUCCCUGCUGAUGGAGAAACGAGAUUUUCUUCUCCCAGAGUAUUCCCAGAUUGAGGAGGAGCAUAGGAUACUUCAGGAAAAGAAGGAGCAGGCUUCCAGGGAGUUGGCCAUAAUGACUCGUGCUGCCAUCUGCAUCCAGGCCUUCUGGAGGGGAUACUUGAUCAGGUCCAUCUUCAAGUCAAAAUUGAAGAAGAAGGGCAAGGGCAAAGGCAAAGGCAAGAAGGCCAAGAAAUAAAGCCCCAAAUCUGUUCUCUCUCCUCCUGGCAAAGCUGCUGAUUCUGGGACUCAACUCUUCCAGAUAAAGGCAUUAUAUUUGAGAGUGCAUUUGCAUGAAGGCCUCCAGGGUUGUGGCUGCCUCUCCUAGUUGGAGUAUAGCAAAGCAGGAGUGGGAAGCCCUGGCUCACUCUUUUGGGUUUGGC